AUGAAUAGUAAUAGUAAUAAUAAUAUUUGUGGAAUACAUAACAAAAGUCUAAAGUUCAUAUGUUAUGAUUGUAAUGUUUUGAUGUGUUCUGUAUGUUCACCAAAACACUCUGGUCAUUCAUACGAUCAUAUUAAUAACAUUAAAUCAAAUAUCAAUAUCCACAAUAAUGAGGAUUCAACCUCUUUCGCAUCUAACAAUCAAUUAAAUAAUAAUAAUGCGAUAGGAAUGAAAGAUAUUCAAAGAAGUAUUCAAACAACAUUCGAUUCUUUGAAAUCAAAAGUUGUGGAAUAUGAACAAUUACAACAAACAGAACAAGAGAUUGAAAGUAAAUUCAAAGAGUUACAUGAAUUCCUUGUUGUUGAGGAACAUAGAUUAAAGAAACCAAUCAUCGAUAAUAAACAACAAUUAGAACAACAAAUCGAUAAACAAAUCAAAAUCAUGAAAUCAUUGAAUACUUUCAUUGUCAAUAAUGAACCAUUUAAUCAAAUCAAGAAUCAAAUUCAAUCAUCAUUCAAAUUACAGAAUGUAAUAUCUAUUCAAAAUAAACAAUCAUAUAUAUUCUCAACUGAUAAUAAAAAUAAAUUAUCAAUCAUCAAUAUUACAGAUCGAAACAAUAUUCACUUUGAACAACAAGGUAUAGAUAUGAUUUGUUCCUGCUCAGCAUUCAACUCCAUUACAAAAGUUGGUGACUUUAUCUAUAUGUUUGGUGGUCAUACAACGGGAUACAACAAAUUUAUCAAGUAUUCAAUCAACACUAAAACUUUGGUUUCUGGAGACAUGAAAGAUAUCACUCCAAGCAGCUAUCUAUCAGCUUGCUAUGAUGGUCAAGAUCAUAUCUAUAUAUUCGACGGAUAUUUUAAACCAAAAACCGAUAUUUACAGAUACAACAUCAACAAUUCAACAUUCGAAAGAUACUCAACAAUCGAAUUCAAUACAGAUUACCAUCAUCUUACAUUCCUCUUCAAAGGUUAUAUCUAUACUUUCACUAGCACAAAAAAGGUUUUAAAGUUUGACAUACAAAACAAAACAACGGUUGAAUUGUCAAUUCCCAGUGCAUAUAACACUUCAGCAAGCGUAGCAUGUACAGAUGGUAAUGGUAAUAUAUAUCUUCUAUCAUCUUUAGGAUUACAACGAAUCAAUAUAGAAACCAAUGAAAUCAAAUCGUAUGAUAACAGUAAAAUCAAUACAAAUCCCGACUACAAUUUGAUUUAUCAUCAAUCAGAUGGUGGUCAAAGUUAUAUUUACUCGAUCCAAGGAAAAAAUAGAAAUUUUAUGUUCUCAUUUGAAAACAACAAAUGGGAAUCUAUUCUCCAAAAUGACCAAUCUGACAGAAUGUUUUGUGCAAACAUAUUAUAUCAACAAUAG